AUGUUGACUAAAGAUAUUGAAAUAGCUUUUCUCCGUCGUAACACGGUAGGUAGCAUGACUUUAAGUGGAGAAUCCACAACACGGUCAAUCACCAACACUAUUAAAACAGCAAGAUAUUUACUGGUUAGAAUCAAGAACUUGCCAGACUCUCAGACGAAUAACAAUAAUGUCUUCAGAGUGGCAAUGAACCAAAAUCAAGAUCCUAUAAUCCAUAAAGUUCAUGUAAGAUUAAACAACGAAAAUUAUCCUACCCAACCUUUAACAAUUACUCCAACCACAAAGGAUUAUAAUGAAUUGUAUAGAAACUAUAAAAAUAUGUGUGAAUUAUUUGGAAAUCCACCUCAGUUGGAAUAUGUAGAUUUUGCACUUAAUCAUCCAAUCUUCUGUUUUGAUCUAUCAGCUCACCAAGAAGAUCUUUUCAACACAGGAGUCAACAUAAAUAUUCAUAUUGAAAAAACACAAGGAGAUGUAACCGGGUACUGUUUAUUAAUGGAAGAAGCAAAACAUUUAAUUAAAAUAUCAGAUAGAAGAAUGAUAAGAAUUGACAACUAUCGAGAUAUAUCUGCCGCAGUCAAAGCUGCCAACGCAAAGAAAGCAGCUGAUGCUAAAACCGCUGAAGAACGUAAACAUAAUUUAGCAAUGGAAAAGGAGCACGAGAUAUCUGCAGUGAAAAAUAUCCCUGCUGUAUUUGGUGUAGACCAUGUAGAUUGGACUGCUAUUGAAAAAGAAGAAAGACGUCGUAAAGACUCUGCGAAACUGGAUGUUCAUGGCUAUGUGAAUGCUGUACAGUCAAGUUUAGGCAUGACACAAUCAGAUGUGAAGAACUCACCGAAACAAAAGAAAUCAAGUUUAAUAGAAAUAAUGGAGACAGACGCUGCAGCCAAGCCAACAAUAAAUGACACAAGACAUAUUAUUUUACUUGGUAAGAGUGGAAUUGGUAAAAGUUCUCUUGGUAAUUAUUUGCUGGGAGCCAAGAAGUUCAAGACAAAUAUAAUGGAAGAGAGAAGAACCAAGGAAUGCCAUAUCGAGCUAACAGACCACAUGGUAGUAAUGGAUACUCCUGGAUUUUUCUCAACGCUCCGGUCAGAUGUGGACGUCGCUAAAGAAAUUAUGAACACUAUAAAAGUAAAUAGAUUGUUGACAAAUGUCUAUAUUUUGGUUCUGAGUGCUGACGAAAGAUUUUCAGGUGAUGAAAAGGAGUCAUUAGAGUUUAUAAAGAAACUGUUUGGAGAAAAUGUUAUUAAUCAUAUGAUUAUAGUUUUCACUGGAAAAGAUUCCUUAGAAGAUGAGGAAUUUCAGUUUCCAAGAUGUCUACCACAGCUUCCUUAUUUUAUACUCGAUUGCAAAGAUAGAAAACAAGAAGUGGUGGAGGAGAUUCGGACAAAAAUCUGCAGUGAGAAAUAUAAUAAUAUCCCUGCUGUAUUUGAUGUAGACCAUGUAGAUUGGACUGCUAUUGAGGAAGAAGAAAGACGUCGUAAAGACUCUGCGAAACUGGAUGUUCAUGGCUAUGUUAAUGCUGUACAAUCAAGUUUAGGCAUGACACAAUCAGAUGUGAAGAGUACGCCGAAACAAAAGAAAUCAUUUUUCAAAAGGUUAUUUUAA